AAUGGCGCAUCUCUAAUAGAAUAUUUCGGACGGUAUUUCUUUUCUCAGUUUUUUCUAUUAAAAACAUAUUAAAAUGUCGGUGGCCAAGCGUGUUCAGCAAUGGGCCACAUUUGCGCGCACUUGGCACAUUUACGAUUGCACCUGGCAAAAUCCUUUUGAGUCCGCACGCCUGGUUAAAACCCAUUUAAUGGGCCUCCACAAACCCAUAUAUCAUCCAAUGAUCUCUCGGCGCGGCUUGUCCACGACACUUCUGAAAACUCAACCAAUUUAUCAAGUACAAAAACGUAAGAUGGGACGUCUGGGCACCGUUGAUCCUAGUUCCUAUUCCCAGCCGGAAUUGAUAACCACCGAGCAUAGCUUCUUCAACUGGAAAGUGGACUUUGAGGGCACAAAAUUGCAAGGAAGUGUUCAACAUCGUUUCAAUGUGCUGGCCAAUAAUCUAGAGAAGAUUUUGUUGGAUGUACGUGACAUUAAUGUGAAAAAUGCCACCUUGUUGGCUGGAGGGAAUGAGGUGCCAAUCAAUUACUUCAUCAGUGAUGCCGUCGAAGAUAUGGGACAGAAAUUAACGUUGGAGUUGCCAGCCGGCACGGCUAAGGGAAGCCUCAAUGUACGCAUUGAUUAUGAGACUUCGAACAGUGCCAGCGCCCUGCAAUGGCUAAAUCCAGCACAGACAUUGGGCAAGGAGCAUCCCUAUAUGUUCUCGCAGUGUCAGGCCAUCCAUGCUCGUUCCGUUUUGCCCUGCCAGGAUACGCCGGCAGUCAAGUUCACCUACGAAGCGGAGGUGGAGCAUCCCAAAGAGCUUACAGCUCUGAUGAGUGCCUUGAUUGAGAAAAAGACGGAAGGCAAAACGCAUUUCAAGCAAGAAGUACCCAUUCCUGCCUAUCUGGUUGCCAUAGCCAUUGGUAAAUUGGUAUCCCGUCCCCUUGGGCCGAAUUCCAAUGUCUGGGCCGAAGAGGCAAUCGUAGAUGCAUGUGCCGAGGAGUUCUCCGAGACGGCAACCAUGCUGAAAACAGCCUCCGAUCUGUGUGGUCCAUAUGUAUGGAAGCAAUAUGAUUUGUUAGUGAUGCCUCCAUCAUUCCCAUUCGGUGGUAUGGAGAAUCCAUGCCUCACCUUUGUCACUCCCACUCUAUUGGCUGGUGACAAGUCACUUGCCGAUGUGGUGGCCCAUGAGAUUGCCCACAGCUGGACUGGCAAUUUGGUCACCAAUAAGAAUUUCGAACACUUUUGGCUAAAUGAAGGCUUCACCGUAUUCGUCGAGUCCAAGAUUGUGGGUCGCAUGCAGGGCGCCAAGGAAUUGGACUUUAAGAUGUUGAGCAACUUGACCGAUUUGCAAGAGUGUCUGCGAACGCAAUUGUCUACUACACCAGAAUUAUCAAAAUUGGUUGUAGAUUUAACCAACUGCGGCCCCGAUGAUGCUUUCUCCUCUGUGCCUUACUUUAAGGGAUCGACAUUCUUGCGCUAUUUGGAGGAUCUAUUCGGUGGUCCAAGUGUCUUUGAGCCAUUUUUGCGUGAUUAUUUGAAGAAAUAUGCAUACAAAUCGAUUGAAACAAAUGACUUUAAAGAGGCCCUAUAUGAAUACUUCAAGGAUGGUGAUAAAAAGGAUAAAUUAACUGAAGUUGACUGGCAAUUGUGGCUCACUAGCGAAGGCAUGCCACCCAUUAUCCCAAAAUUCGAUGAAUCGUUGGUGAAUGUUACCAAAAACCUGGCCAAAUUGUGGAGCACCAAGAGCGUUGCCGAAUUGGUUGAUAAUGCUGAAAUUAAGCAGAAAAUUUCCAUUCAUCAGCUAAUCGAUUUCCUGGGUAAACUUAUUGAAACCACCGAUAUUGUUGAUCUUAACGAGGCCAAAAUCGAACUGCUCGAGAAGACCUACAAUCUGCAGAAUUCCAAGAAUGCUGAAGUGCGUUUCCGUUUGAACCGUUUGAUUAUACGAGCUCGUCUAAUCAAUCGCCUGGAUGAGCUUAUUGAAUUUGCCAAUUCCAAUUUCCGCAUGAAGUUCUGCCGUCCCAUCUAUCGGGAUCUGGCUGCCUGGCCCGAGGCAAAACCCGCAGCUGUGAAGAACUUCCUGAGUGUUAAGGAUCAAAUGAUGGCUGUGUGUGUGCAUACAAUUGAAAAGGAUUUGGGUUUGAAAUAGAUUUGAGAUGAGAAAAGAGUUGUGCAUUUGUGAAAUAAAUUGAAAAUUGUAAACAGUUUAAA